AUUGAUACAUUUACUGUCAUGAGUUAUUUUAGCCAAUGGUGUAAGAUCAACCUUUUUAAUGUAAACACGAGUAAAUCGAAAUUUUUGCUCUUUAAUGUAAAUAAUGAACUGAUCAAGGACUUCCAAGUGCUACUAGAUGAUGAGCAAAUGGAAAGAGUAGCCGCUGCAAAAUAUUUAGGUAUUUUGUUAGAUGAUACUCUUAAAUUCAAUGACCAUGUUGACAUCAUGUGUAAAAAGCUGCAUGGCGCUAUUUUUGUGUUGAGAGUCCUAUCAAGAUUUUGCGACAUGAAUCUGUUAAUGGUAGUGUAUCAUUCUCUUUUCCUAUCUCACAUACUAUAUUGUAUCAAUGCCUGGUCAACUUGCAAUAAUAAAAAGAUCGAGAAAUUAUUCAUAACUCAAAAAAAAGCUAUUAGAACUAUGCUUAAAUUAAAGCCUACAGAAUCUUGCAAGGAACAUUUUAAAAAAUUACAAAUCUUAACUGUUCCAGCAUUGAUCAUAUACUCAUCUUUGAAAUUAUACAACAACAAGAAACUACAGGAAUCGAGAGUGGUGCACAACCACAACACCAGAAACAGAACAGAAAGUCUAAUCAUAAAAAUUAAUAAAACAGCGGCUCGAGGCCAUAACUUUUUCUCUAAACUACCAUCAAACAUAAGGAAAAAAAUUAAAGAUGAGCCCCGAAGCCACAAUGCCCUGGUCAGACAUUAUCUAAUUGAGGAAUGUCCAUAUUCAAUCAACGAUUUUUUAAAGGGGACAGGUUGAUAUCAUUGUCUUUUUUUCUUUUUUUUAUAUAUACAUACAUUUAUUCUUGUUUCUUGUUUAGAAAAAUUCGACGCAUUUGUAGAAGCCAUGUGCAAGCCAAAAAACAAAUAAAGAUAU